AUGACUGACGAACGUCGUUCAAACCUCAUAGACGUUUCAUAUGAACAGCUGCAUCUGGUGCUGUCUGGUGUGCAAGAGGGCAGUCCGGUAGACCAGAUCAGAGACCACCUCGAUUCACGCCGCUCCGUCCUCGAAAAUGUGUGCACCCCUUCAAUAUUCGGGGCACCGUCCCAGGCAUCGCGCCAAAAGAUCGUCAGCGGCACGGUCGAACUCCCAGAUGGCAUAAAAGUCAACGUCGUCGAGGCCGACAAAGAGUUCAUCCUCGCUGUCAGUUCAAAGUUCAACAUCGACGAAAUCCAGGCCUUCAUCCUCUUCCGCUCCUUCCUUUACAACCAAGGCCUGCCACCCAACCUCACGGCCGAGACGAGCUCGCAGAUGGUCGAAGCCCUUUUGGAGAAGAUCACCCCUUAUUACUAUUCGGAACGGUUGAACGCGCUUCGCAUUCUUGGGCCGUUGUUCAAAGCGUAUGGAGACGAGAGUGACCUUCUUUACGACGUCGCAUGCGACUUUCUCCCCGUCGUCAUUCCCGACCCUAUCAAGUUUGGAAUCGACCUUCUUAACGCGUACACUGCCAAAACGAAGGAAAAGUUGUCGACGAACGAUCCGCAGGAAGCAAUAGCACAUGCGAAGCGGUCCCUCCAUGACCAGUUGGCUAUGUUGGAGUUGUUCUUCCAGCUAAUGUGGGGGUACGCACCAUGUACAGGAGAGAUUGUUGUCAAAACUCUCGAAACUGCCUACGACACUUCGUUCGGCGCAAUCCAACAACACAAUACCCUCAUCCUCGACAAUGAAAGCCAGCAACUACUUCAAGACUGCGCCGCCCUGUGGAUUGUUAUCACCAUUGAAGUUCUUGAACUCGAAACCGUCGGGCAUGAUGAAGGGUUGGAGAUCACAGAGACGCCCAGUGGCAAAACCCUUUACAUCGCGUCCCCAGAGUCAUUGGAGAAGAUACACAACAUCGUCAUCUCGAACACUCAAAGCCAGUUUGCUUGCACCUAUCUCGCCUGGACAUACGUCCUUUCCCGAAUCUGCACCAAAACCUCCACACUCGACACCAUUCCUCCCAGUUACAAGAAGUUCAUGGAUAUUAUCAACCCACCUGCCAAUUCGCGCGCUUUCAACGCGGAGCCUGUGUAUCUACAGAUGACCAGAGUUUGUUUAUCCCCCGAAGCAGGCCUCCUCCCCCUCAUCAACGACCUCCUCACCAAGUCACCCUUGUUCGUUACCUCCAUUGCAUGGCGGACAGGAUCAGCCCUGAAUGCGCCUAAUAGCCUAUCAUAUCGUUCAACGCUCAAGGGUCUUGUGAUUGCGCUCUUCGACCUGAUCCUCGUCGAAAACAUCCCAGAUUUCGACGGACUCGUCGAAGUGUGGAUAGCACUAUUUGGACGCAGCGAGCCAAGCUACGUAGCCCCGAUAUGUCUGCAGUGGUGGCAGUUCGACUGGCCAUUCUCUCUUCCCAAAGGAAGCGUAAGCGCCAGUCCCUCGGGCAAACAUGAUUCCGCCGGUUAUUGGUCCAGAAGGGCACUCGUGGACGUCUCUCGCAAUCGUUUCCCCGUAUUUGUCACUCCAUUACUGCGCAUUCUCAGGGCGAUGUCUGGAGCAGGCUUCGUGGACACCGACCCUCUCGCCGUCGCCAUCGGUGAUCCUCAACAACCAAGCGGAGCAGCUGGAGACACGUUGAGCGAAGAACGCCUUGCGUGCGCCCGAUUCGUUUACUACUACUUCUCUCAACUCCCCACCUUCGCCCAAGUCAUCGAUCUCUCACAAUGCACCGGUCCUCACGCCCUGUACGAGAAGCAGAGCAACCCAUCGAACAGCUCUGGGAUGACAUACACCAACCUACGACCGCUUCUGUUGCCGGGAGGUUCAAUUCUUCCUGCAAAGUCGACUGGAAAUGUGAUCAGCGGGGACAGCGGGGAGUACAUCGUCGUUGCUUGGGACCAUGUGCAUUCAGGGUGGAAGUUAAUUCUGGCGAUUCUGGGGUGGUAUGUCAGCAGGAGGCAUAUGAACUUUAGAACACCGUCAUCAUCGUCUACGGGUCUUGGAAGCAACCCCUUUUCCGCCAGCGACAUUGCAGGUGCAGAGGUCUUCAGCCGACAUAGCCAGAGGGGCCAUCCGCACUUUUCGCAGCCGCUGCAAAUCAAGAUCGAAGAUGUAAUCACAGACAUGCACGAUGGCACCGACGAAAAGGUGGUGACGGAGGCGCUCGACCUGCUGCGCAGCGUCAUUCAGUUCAACCCUUCACAGGCUGAAGAGCUCAUGGCCUCGCUCGACCAGCCCAACCCUGGUAGCGCCCCAUCAGCAGCAACACCACCUCCGGAUUUGGUCCAGCUCACUACCAUGAUUUUGGAGGAAGCGCUCUCGAGGUCCGGGUCGAAGGCGGCUGCAGCGAACAACGUGCGCAUGCAACUCAUCACUUCCAGUCUGAGUGUACUGGCUGCCCUGCUCGCCAAUCCGGUCUACUCGAAUCGAGUGUGGUUGUACAUCCGAUCGACUGGUGCUAUUUUCGGUGCUGGACCCGGUAGCAGAAGUGUGUCCGACAAGUCCUAUGCUAGUGUGGCGUUGGCGAUGGAGCGAGCGACUGGCCAGUACACCAUGACACUCGCCCUUCUCCACCUUGUGCAACAGCUUGUCUUCGACGCCGCGUUGACUGUGCAAUCCGACGAACCGGGGAGCACCGCCAAGGCCAAGCUGCAGCAGGUCAAGGAGGAGGUGUUGUUGCGAGCCAUCCGGUUCGUUCACAACGAGAUCUGGAUUGAGCAUUUGGGGUGGAGGUAUAACCAGCUUGGAGACCGGUUCGAGAUCGCCAGGAGGAUUGCCACGCUGUAUAGUUGCAUCCUUUCCAACUUCCCCCCGACGCUUCUGGAUGGGCACGACAACAAGUCAGCACAGAACGACAAGGACGGGAAGACGCCGACAGCGAAACCUUACCCACUGCUCAGCCAGGCUAUUGCAGAUGUCCUGUUGCUCAAGGCUACGACCUCGACGAUCACCCCUCUUGUUUCGUCCAUUUCCAGUGCGAAGCAGGUCUACAAGAUGCUGCAUGCGUCACGGCGGUUUGGUGAUGUCACGAGGCUCCUGUUGUUGUUGGAUACUCUGCUUCUUCUCUCCAGACAGGUCCUCAACUGCAAGCUGCGAUUCCUCGCAGAGCUGGGAGACGGUGCUCGUCACGCGCAGGCCCCUACAAUCUCCCUCUUGGAGCAGGCGUUGUGCGCUAGGGUGGUCAGUAGCGGAGCCUCACACGAUCACACCCAUACCAAGCAGGAUCCCAUCGACGUUCUGGCUGGGUAUGUCAAGGAUAGGGAGAUUGGACCUGAUGUGCCCUACCAGGCCAUCCGACUUCUCACCACGCUCGCAAAGAGCCUUUCGAUCUCGGCAAGCCUGGGGUCUCUUCACCACUCUUCUUUAUCCAACUCGGCCCUCGCUCUUACCCCCUCGCUCGCCAUGUCAGCUGCUCCUACUCCAACGACCAUGAUUGGCCACCUCGCCAACCCCGAGGCGGUCGUGUCGGCGUUUGUUGGCAUCAUCCAGCAUCCUUACGAUGAUCCCGACCUGAGGAUCGCCGUGUGGAAGUUUAUCGCGCUUGUGGUGGAUGUUGAGCCUGCGUUGGGAGGGUUGUUUGUGGCUGGGAAGUUUAGGAUUCCGUCGGAUAUCAGGGUUGGGAACAAGGUGGAUAAAGGGAAGGAGAAGGAGGGAGCGAAGGAUGCGGAGAAGGAGAAGACCGUGACGCUGGCUGCUAAGCGCAAGGAGCGGAACGCCCUUACUGCUGCCCAUGAUUCUUUGUUCCACUGGAGGCAGCUGUGGGAUGUCAAUCCCCAGUUGCUUGCGGCUGUGUUGCAGUUUAUGACUGUGGUGUGGGAGCAUGCGGGGGAACACAAAGCCACGAUCGACUCGCUUCGCCAGGAUCCCAAGUUUUGGCCGCUGAUUGUGGGGAUAGUGAAGGAAGAGGUUGGGCCUGUGCCGGAUUACGAGACGGAGGAGUAUGUGGUUAUCGACAAGGUCCAGCAUUCGAACCAUAACGAGCCGGUGAUUGUCCACGCGUACCGGACGCUGUCCAAGGCAUAUGCGGUCAAACUCCUCAGCUUGGAUAUUGGGUUCCAUUUGCAGGCUGAAGGCACGAAGACUGGCACACCACCGAAGAAACCUCAAAGCUUUGUCGCACUGGAGCCCGAGUUCAAGUCGGAGGAUGACCUCAACGACUUGCUCUCCGAGGCUGCUCCCAGCCCGUACGCGCCUCGUCUGCACGACGCUGCUACGGAGAAAAUUGAGAAGGACUUCCCUGGUCUCUCGUUACCCCAGCUCGAAGUCCAGGACCCGUUGACGGAUCGGUUCUACGGCGAUCGAUUCGCGUUCUCCGUGACGCUCCUCCAGGACCGGCUUCAUGCGUUCAAGACCUCGAUCGAAGCAGAUGGGAUGGACGACCCGAUAGACAGCGUCACCAAGCUGGUGCUGUCGAUCAACCUCAACUUGUCGUUGACGCAUGCUCAGACGACUCUUGCGGAAUCGUGGGAGAAGCUGUUGCGACAGGCGAUCCCGUACUUGAGGCCUGAUACUCAAGUUCGAGCAAGCAUGAUCAAUAUUGCUGCUUCGAUUUCGGGAGGUAUUGCGCUGGAGAAGAGGGGAGGGGAGAUGAUGGCUUCGAUUCAUGGGACGAGGUUGGCGUUGUUGUUGGGUAUCCUGGAGGUGGCUUGGUUCUCGCCCUCGUCCUCGACCAAUGCCGGAGAGAUCAAGUCUUUCAUCGAGUUGAUCAAGAACCUGAAGAGCAUCGUCAACAACGACGCACAGGACCCGGUGAAGUCGUUCAUGAGCGGCCUGCCGAAUCCAUUCCAUCGCACGCUACUUCAGCUGUUGUUCUUCUGUGCCAUGGAGGCGAGGUCGCUGCUGAACCGACCCAAGGCGCUCAACUCGGACCAGAGGUUGACGAUAUUGGAGACGACGGAGGCGGUGUUGGGUAUGGUGUUGGAGGGUUUGAGGCUCACCUUUAUUGCGGCUCAGACGAGGAGGGACCUUGAUCUCGACCGCGACAUGGAACUUCUUGUGACGGUGUUCCGACAGUGCACGAGGACGGACAUCAGCCCUUCUUCGACGUUCUGGCUAACGAGGUGUCAAGAGACCGACGUGAUGCGUGCAAGUCUUGAACUAUUCGUGCGGACGGAUUUGGCGGGCCUUUCGGACGUACCGGUUCUGUUGGCGCUCAAGCACCCUCUCUACACCCCUCACAUUCUUCUCUUCCAUAUGGCAGUUGUCAGCAAUCCCAUUGCAGCGGAACGGUUCGCGAGCGAGGGCUUGUUGGCUGCUUAUAGCAACAACAACAUCACCUCUGCUAUUCGAGCUGGUCGCGUCGACGUUGCAAUCCCCGAACUGCCUGGCGAGCGAAGUCCGAUGCACCUGACUUAUUGCUCCAUGCUCGCCAUCGUGGCUACCGUUAUCACCGCCCUGGGUCGCCACAACCACUACUUCGAUGCAGAGGCAUGCGGCUUUGUUCAGCUCUAUGGUGACCAAAUAUUGCGUGCGCUUUCGUGGACGGUGGGUGAUGCCAUCACGAUGCCGCUCAUGGAAGAGCUGGAGCAAGUCGUCAAUCUCUUCUACGCCAUCGCCGCCAGUGCCCCGAAUGCAGUCAAAGCGAACCCUGCGGUGGAUAAAGUCCUUCGGGUGUUCACGACGCAUGCUCUACUGCUACUCCAACAAAUCAACUACGCAAUCACCCAUCCUAACCACCUCGCCAGCUUGUUUGAACCUGUUACACCAGACGAGAGAGCACAGCAUGAGAAGUCGCAAGGCGUUGCGGACCCCCUCAAGAGGCCUUUAAUUGCGCAUCUGGUUCACCGGAUGUUCAGGCUUUCGAGCAACAUUGUGGGGACGCUGGUGACCAUCAGUAAAGCUGAUAAUGUGCUUUGUGGUCUUGAGGAGGAUUGGCCAUUGGGAGAAGCACUUGUUGUUCCUCAUUCGAAGGUCGUGGUUGGCGAACCCGCUUCCCUCGGCACAUUACUCGAGCUCGGCAACUGCAGCCUGGAUAUCCUCCGGGACUUUGUCAACAGGCCAGCAGGUCAAGCUCUAACGCCGACAACGCCAACAGGAUCCUCGAACCCGCUUGACGUUCGACGAGGAGUUAUCACUGCCCGUAGGAACCUGGAAAGCGUACUCGUUUACGCAGUCACGCAGCUCGCCAUGUGGCUUCGCAAACCCGAGUUUGAGCCCGUUCAAGCUCAGGACACUGAUGUCGAGGAUCAAGCCAUGGACGUCACCGUACGACCGGACGUGUCAAAAGACCGAAGAUUAAUCUCGACCUCUGCACCUAGAUCUUCGACGAGCAUCUCGAUGGCGGAGAGGAUGAGGAGGGGCAUGACGGGUGAGAUGGCGAGUGAUUUGCAGGCGUUGUUGAAUAAGGCGAAGCCGGUUGUUGAAAAAUGUGGUGCUGUUGUUGGGAAGGAGAGUGUUGAUAUUUUGAAUAUUUUGAGUGUGUUUUUGAGUGAGAGGAUUGGUGGUAGUUCGUAG